AUGCUAUCCAUUUAUGCACUUCUCUCCGCCAUUGCUGGCCUUGCGGCUGCCAUUCCGACUGCGUCAAAUCAAGGGCGAGCAACGGAGCUGGAAGCUCGUCAAGACCGUCGGUGUGGUAUCGAAUUCAAUCGCAGCUGCCCCGAAGGUCAAUGCUGCUCCAGCGGAGGGUGGUGCGGCGUUGAAUAUGCGCACUGCAGAGCUCCCAUAUGCCAAAUCGACUUUGGCCCAGCAUGCGAUGCAAAUAUCCGUCCUGAAGGCCCCGACACCAAGGACAUUGCUCGUCCCAAGGUCGGCAACGUGCCGUACGGCAAGGGCGUGUACACUUGCAACACUAACGGCGUUGUCGCCCUGACGUUCGACGAUGGUCCCUGGGAGAACACAGAGUACCUCCUCGACCUGCUUGCUCAAUACGACGCAAAGGCGACCUUCUUUGUCGUCGGCCGCAACAUGGGCAAGGGCGCCAUGAAUGAUCCCUCGACGCCUUGGCCCGCGCUCAUCCGCCGCAUGAUCGACGAGGGCCACCAGAUCGGCAGCCACACCUGGUCCCACCAGAAGCUCACCGAGAUCACCGCCGCCCAGUUCCAGAACCAGAUGAUUUUCAACGAGAUUGCCCUGGCCGACUUGCUGGGCUACUUCCCCACGUACAUGCGCCCUCCGCACUCGAUGAGCGACGCGACGACCGACGCAUGGCUCGCGGAUCUGGGGUACCACGUCACGUACUUUGACCUCAACACGCUCGGGUACGAGAACGACGACGCCACGCUCAUCCAGAACUCCAAGGACAUUUGGGACAGGCGCGUCGAGCCGCUCGAUCCGGCCAGCGCGAGCGUCCUCCACAUCGAGCACGAUCCGCUGUACCAGACGGUGCACAACUUGACAGAGUACGUGCUGCAGUCGCUAGUGCGCAACGACUUUCGCUCUGUGCCGGUGGGCGAGUGUCUCGGUGAUCCGAGGGAGAACUGGUAUCGCAAGGUAUGA